CCCAGGGACGUGAUUGGUGGAUGGGGAGGCUGUACCCGGAAGUCGCCCGUGCGUGUGUGUUGAGGGGGCAGCGUGUCAUGGAGGCUCCUUCGGCCGCCCCCGAGGAAGGACGCCAACAACCCGCCAAGCAGGAUCCUGCUGUUGAAACAGCAGAAGAAGCUACAGAACCAGCCGAGGCAGAUAUCAAUGAACUUUGUAAGGAUAUGUUUAGCAAAAUGGCCAUUUACCUGACAGGAGAAUUGACUGCCACAAGUGAAGAUUACAAGCUGUUGGAAAAUAUGAACAAGUUGACUAGUUUGAAGUACCUUGAAAUGAAAGAUAUUGCUAUAAACAUAAGUCGAAAUCUAAAAGAUUUGAAUCAGAAAUAUGCUGGACUUCAACCAUAUCUGGAACAAAUAAAUCUAAUUGAAGAGCAGGUAGCAGCUUUGGAACAGGCAGCAUACAAGCUGGAUGCAUAUUCAAAGAAACUUGAAGCAAAAUACAAAAAACUGGAGAAACGAUGAAAGGACAUUAUGCAAUGAAAGUUUCGUCUAGAACACAUGGCUCUUUCUUGCAAGAAAUACAAUUAUGCAUCACUGACUUUUUGGAUUUUAUAGAACUUGCACUAAAAUAUCCUUGAAUAGAGCUAUGUGGGAACACCUAAGGGCUGUGGUGGCUUCCCUUGUAUAAGGCUGAGAUCUUUCUUCUCCUGUAAAAUCUAUCUUUUCUUUUUCUUUUUAUACACUAUUUUUCAAGCUCAUUUUACAGGAGAUGUACUAAGGCCACUGACAGCUGCUUCAGCAAUCUGACUCAGUAACUUUCCCCAUAACUAAUAGUAUGCACCUGCUUUUCUAGAGUACAUAUGAUGUAUUUUGUGCUUUGCAGAGCCAUUAAUUUGUGAAUAUGUCAGCUACCAAUGUGUUGUGAUAGUCACUAAAAUGAUAUGGCCUAACUAUAAAUCUGUUUUCUUUUGUUUUGUUUGAGAAAUAUACAAUACUUGGAAAGUAAAAUGAGCCUGUUUGUGGCAGAAGGAUAGUCUUCAGCUUCAUUCGGAGAGGUAUCACAACAAAGUCUAGCAGAGACAUCUGUCAAUCCAGACUACUUUCUCUGUGAGUCAUGGUUAGGCAGAAUAUGCAUAUAGCUGGCUGAUCCUCUGUGUUAGCCCUGGUUCAGCAGUCACUGGGCAUGUGGUAAGGAUAGAUGGUUUUAAUCUUGCCACUGUGUGACAGGUUUAUUUUAGUAGUGUUUAGAUGGACAUAACAAAGUUAGAACUUAAUGUGCUUUAAAAUUUAAUUCAGAAACAUUAAAGAAAGGCAACUCAAGAGACUGCCAGAAUGGAAAAUAGUACUGUAAGGCAACUGCUAUAGAAACACCGUUCCCACCCACACUUCCAUUUUCACAUACUAGCUUUACUUGCUUACAUGGCUUUCCAAACAGUUUCUUGCUGGCAGGACUUGGAAUUCUUACUUUUUUUCUGUGAGGGAAGGGAUGAUAGACAUUUCUGUAACUUCUAGCAUCCCACAGCUGAUUGUUUUACCAUUUCUGUUCAACUUAGUUGAACCAUGUUCUCUCAGCCUGAAUUAUGUUUGGAGAUUUGAUAUCUCUGACCAACAUGUAUAUAUAAUUUUGCAGUAACAUGUACGUGAAAAUACUUGAGACAGUUCUGAGUAGUUUAGAAAAUAGUACCCAAGCAUUGUUUCUCUGCACCAGGUACAGUUUUUAAUAUGGACCCCUUGACCAAUGCCUGGUACAUUUUGAAAAACUGGCAAACCCUCUGUUUUGAAAAACUCAACUCCUUUAGUUCAUAAAUGAUUGGUGGGUGCCAUCUAGUUCCCUUUAGCUCUCACUGUGAUUGCCUGAUUUGUAAUUGCAGCCAGACAUGGCACUAUGGCAUAUAUGUGUAUUAACUAUGCAGAAAUUUAUUGACAAAUGCAUUGAUAUUGGGAUCUAUGUUUAGUUUUUUUUACAGCCUGUUUACUUGUAUAUGUUCCAUGCCCUACCAAUUUGGUAAUCAAGUGGGCAUCAGUGUUCCUUAUACAAAUCUUGUCGCUGCUGCAACAUUUGUUGGCUCCCAUUACUUUUAGAGGCCUUGCAAAUAUCUCUUUGAAUUGUAAGCAGAACUUCCCAGCCGUUCUUGUGUACGCAGAGACCCAACAUGAAUGUGAGACCACAUUAUUUCAGAUUUAUGCUUUCAAUAUUUGUUUAUCUCAAUCCAAAUUCUGUGGUUAGAGGCACAUAAAGGAUAUCUGUUGAGCACAUCAACAUUCAUCAUUAUCAGUAUUUGUGCCUGGUGUAUCCUGUGUAAAGUUGGCUGACAAUUAUCCUUGUCUUUGAAGAGGAUAUCCAUAAUAAUAAUAAUAAAAUUUUUAUUUAUAUACCGCCAUUCCAAGGAUCACAGCGGUGCACAGCAAGAGAUAAAAACAGUUAAUGCUAUCAAAACAAUGUGUCUGCGAUAGAAUCUGCUUACCCUAUGCAGUAAAUGUGAUGGAAAGUUAUGGUUAACAAAUAUCCUAAGUUUGAUGGGGUCUGCUAGCAAAAAGACCAAACUACACAAAUUUUAAUUAUGUGAAUCUUAUCCGGGAUACAUGAGGGUAUACUAUAAAUGAUUUACAAACUUCUGUAAGACUUCCACCUGCAAUGUGUACUUCAAAGUGACUUUAUUUGUUCUAUCCUGUUACUAAGUUGCUACACUAACAAUCUUUUAAUUUUGCAUAUCUGGACUAUGGAGAAGAACAUGAGCUGAGAGGAUGAGCUGAAUAAGUAUCUUUUAACUUGCUCAGGUUGUGUGAUGCAGAAUUAGAUCAUUGUUCUAUCUAACUCAGUGGCACCCAAACUUUGGUCCUCCAGAUGUUUUGAACUUCAGUUCCUAAAAGACCCAGCCAUCUUGGCCAAUAGGAAUUCUGGGAGCUGCAGUCCAAAAUGUCUGGAGGACCAAAGUUUGGGAACCACUGGUCUAGUUCAGUAUCUGCACUGGGCCUAGACAACUGUGAAAUCGUAUGAACAUCAGCUUCCAUGAUCCUCUGCUAUUGCCUGUGCUGGAUAGAGUUUGUGGGAGAAGUUGAAGAAAAUCUGCUGGGCUACAGUUGCCCAGCCAUGUCCUAAGAAAUUCUCCUCAGCUAAGCAGAAGACAUCGAAUAGAAGACAUGUCUUUCUAUUAGUGUUUGAGAAGAGUCUUCCUUACCCUUGUAUGGGAUUGAUGCAUGGGAUUGAAACUAGGACAUUUUGUGUACAAAGUGUGUGUUCUGCAAGUGAGUUUCAGACUCCUCUUAAACCUGGAGGGCUGAAAUUAUGUCUGAUACUCUCUACCUCAAUCUAGCAUGUCAUAUUCACAUUUCUGCAUUACCAUUUUUCAACAAGUGUUCAAUUUAGCAUAUAGUAUAUAGCAAGAAUUCCAGCUGUAUGGUGAUUUCAUAUAUUUAAGUGAAAUAAUGCACAAGAAUUUUUAAUAAAACUUUCUCUUACAAGCCAAA